AUGGGCACAUUUGGUGGACACGCGUUACCAGGCUCAUUUUUUAUUAUAUUCUCCUUGUGGUGGACAGUGCAGACAUUCAGAAGGUACUACAAAUCGCUAAAAAAAGGUUCCCCACCCUACAAAUCUAGUGUCACCUUUAAGCCGGAUUGUUUACCGUGCGAAAAAUGCAAAAAUCUUGAACUUGAAGGAAUAUUAAAAGUUGCAUUCACAACUUUAGGUCUUGUGCUGGAAGUCAUAACAGCGUAUAAAGAUGGCCAUUUUACACAUUUAGGCAAUGGGCAGCACGCAACAAUGUUUUUCUUUUUUGGUCUCUCAGGAGUGGUUGACAUACUGAUGCAUCACGGUGCACCUCUCCCAGAAAACACGGAUUAUGCAAUCUCCUGUUUGUCAUUCAUAGUUGAAGACGUUCUCUUCAUGUUUCAUCUGCACGGGAGAACAAAACUGGAUGUGAUUCUCCACACACUUCUCUUGUACGUCGUACAUGCUUGCGUUAUUUGCGUCCUCUUUGAAGUUCGUUUCAGGAACAACGUGGUUGUUGCACUGGCCAGGUCUUUUCUGGUGCUUCUACAAGGAACGUGGUUCUGGCAGGUUGGUUUUAUAUUGUACAAUCCCAAUCCAAACGCCAUACCGUGGAAAGAUGAAGACCACAAUGAAAUAAUGCUAGCCACGAUGAUAUUCGCGUGGCACUUGGCUAUCGAUUUUAUUCUCAUCCUCGUCAUCGGUCUCCUGGUAAAAAUGCUUGGACCGUUUUGUUGUUUGGCAGGCACGAACAAAAGCGAUGGCGCUUUUAACCACGUCAGAUACGACCAGGUGAAGCUGAUAACGACGAACGCCGAAAUAAACCACCUUCCCGUGUUAGACGAAAGUGAAAGCGAAGAGGAGUUUAACGCUACAAAACCAUGAAUCGGCCAUCACUUCAAAAUUUUUUUUAACCACGAACUACAUUUUCUACUUUAAAAUUAAACCUAUUUUGUAGCAUAUUCAAGAAAUCAUACCAAUGUUAAUAACCGACGCAACGAUAACGUUCGUCUCAGCUUGACACCGUCGUGUAACAUUUUUUACUUUAUUUAACUUAUACUUCCAGUUGUUCAUUCCCAUAUGUUGCAUUUUAAAUUUAUCCUUUGUUUUUACUGUUGAAAAAUAUCAAAUGAAAA